CUGCAACAUAUCAGCAGCAGAACCUCGCUCUUCUUCACAUUCUCCGAGUUCACUGAUUCCAUGGCGUUAGCUCACUCUUUGGUUGCAGUUCCGGCGGAAACCUCAAAGUUCGCUAAGGCUUCCAUAUAUCCAUUUUCUUCUUCACCUAAUGAAUCGUCUCUGCCCUCCUUGUCUCUCACUUCUUCUUCUUUCUUGUCUAAAGCUCGAAAGCUCUCUUUUCUUCCCAAAAUCCGCAGAGUUGGGCACAAAGCCAAGGCUGAGCCUCAAGAAACUGAAGUUGAUCUAGGUGCCGAUGGAUUUACUCAUUUCAAGCACCUGCUUCUGCCAAUCACUGACUGGAACCCUUAUCUAUCGGAGGGGACAAGACAGGCUGCUGCAACCACUGCUGCUUUGGCAAAAAAGUAUGGGGCUGACAUUACUGUUGUGGUUAUUGACGAAAAGCAGAAAGAAUCUUUGCUAGGGCAUGAAACUCAACUAUCUAGCAUUCGUUGGCAUCUUUCUGAAGAAGGAUUCCAGGAAUUCUCCCUCUUGGAGCGACUUGGGGAAGGAAGCAAGCCUACGGCUAUCAUUGGUGACGUUGCUGAUGAUCUGAAUUUAGAUUUGGUGAUCAUGAGUAUGGAAGCCAUCCAUUCGAAGCAUGUAGAUGCAAAUCUGCUGGCUGAGUUUAUCCCCUGUCCUGUCUUGCUUUUACCAUUAUAAAAUGUAUAGCUUUUCCAGAAUGACCUAGUGACUCUGAAAAUUAGCUGAACUAAAACUGUUUUGCAAAUGCCGGUUUUCUGAUAGUGGGCUUUUGUGAUCAUCCAUCUUCUCAACCUAAUGAUUUUUUUAUGGU